AUGAGAUCGAUUAUCAUCCUUUUUGUGAUCGUGGUCGCAUACACUGAUGCCGUACUCCAACUGAAGAAACAGUCCUAUAUGAAAUUCCCUUACCAGUUUGUAAAUGGUGAUCCAACCAAUCCAAGAUAUGGGCUCUUUCAAAAUGCCGCCCACAAGGCCGCUUACCACACUGUUGAUAAAAUUUUGUAUGUUGCUUCUGCAAGAUCAUCAGAGAAAUACCUCCACAUCAUUGAUAUGAACAAUCCUGCCAGUCCAUCCAUAUUGAUGACGCACGUGUUCGAUAACAGCGUGGAUGGUAUGAUCUCAGCUGUGGAAGCAUGCUCAGACACCAUUGCAGUGGCCUUGUCGGCGGCUGAUCCAGUGGCUGAGGGCCACGUCGAGUUGUUCACACCCUAUAACAGGGCUGACCGUGUUUUUACCAGGACAGGCAGAAUGGCGGUUGGUGUUCAUCCAAAGGAUAUGCAAUACACCAGUGACUGUACAAGGCUAGUGGUUGUCAACGAAGGUCGUGUUUCCCUUAAUCCAACUACAAAUACUCUCAGCGACCCCGAGGGCUCCAUCACAAUAAUUAUCAGGAACGAUCAAGGAUUCCCAAUUGAAGUCAAUAUGGAUUUCACCCAGCUUAAUGGCAGAGUUGUAGAUUACAUUAAUAAUGGUGUUCGAUAUGUUUUCCGUGGAGAUCAUAGUGCUGGAAUCGUAAACACUUUUUCACAGGAUCUCGAGCCCGAAUCGGUUACUAUUAGCAAUGACGACAGAUUUGCUUUCGUUUCUUGUCAGGAAAAUAAUGCUGUAAUGAAAAUCGACUUGUUUAACCAAAGGAUCAUUGAACUUUAUGCUUUGGGGGCCAAGAACUGGACAAGCUAUAUGUUUGAUGGCAGCGAUUUGAAUGAUGCUGCAAACAUGCGUAAUCACAGAGUCUACUCAUUUUACCAACCUGGAAAACUUGGUUUUGGUGUAAUUGACGGCAAAGGUUACGUCAUUUCCGCCGACACUGGAAAAAUGAAAACUUACACUAGACAAGUUCAGGGUUACGAUUUCCGUGAUUCAGCCAGAGCACGGGUAGCUUGGAAUGAUGGGGAACUUGACACCGCCACACUGGAUCCGACACUUCUUGCACAAAUCCAAGACAACCAACAGCUGGGCAGAACAUACAUGAGUAGAGUAGAUGGAUACAACAUCUUUAAUCAGAUCGGUGAUGUAUACCUGUUUGGUGGGCGUGGCAUUUCUUUGUGGGACUCUACUACCAUGGCCCACGUGUUUGACAGUGGGGACGAUUUGGAGAGGAGGGCUUCUCAGUUGUAUCCUAGUACAUUUAAUGGAGAUUGUUCAAAUGCUAAUCAGUCUCCAACCCAGCAGGUUGACGAGAGAUCAGAUGAUAUGGGUCCCGAACCCAAUGCAAUGGCUGUGGGUACAGUAGGAACCACCCCCGUCCUCAUCGUGGGCUCCAGGGACGGCGUCCUGUAUGUGUUCAACAUGAGAGGCGUCAGCGCCAACUUUGAGAGUGCUCACCGUGAGGGGGACACGAACGACAUCUGGGGCAAUCUCUAUAAUAACGAUGUCGCCGGUGAUCAGGGGGUCUCAGAUAUGGGAUUUGUGAAUGCUGGAAAUAGCUCCUCUGGCGUUCCAUUCAUUUACGUCAUUGGCCAAUCCACGGGAUCUCUAUCCAUAUACACUAUCGAGGAUGUCCCCACCAAUUUAUAGACACUUACUCCACUGAUAUUAUUUAUAUUUUAUACAGUAAAAU